CACUUCUGGGGAUCAUCGAAUGUUCUGGAACCGCCCUCUCACUCCGUCUUAAAACCCUAGCAACAACCCUCACUCUUCGCUGAAACACCAUUUUAACACCUAACUCUUAUCCACAACUCAACAACUCGAAGCAUCUCCCAUGGCGUCUGCUAAUGCAAUUUCCACAGCUUCUAUCAUCUGCUCUCCUAAACAGGGGGGAUUGAGAAAUGGUAAUGGGGGUGUUAGUCAAUUGCGGACUGCUCAGACGACGACACAAUCGCAUCGCCGGUUCGCGGUUCGCGCUGCGGCUAAAGACAUUGCCUUUGAUCAGAGUUCUAGGUCGGCUAUGCAGGCCGGUAUUGAUAAACUUGCCGAUGCUGUUGGUCUUACUCUUGGCCCUAGAGGACGGAAUGUUGUCCUGGACGAAUACGGCGCCCCAAAGGUGGUUAAUGAUGGCGUUACAAUUGCCAGAGCUAUUGAGCUACCUGAUGCCAUGGAAAACGCUGGCGCUGCUCUUAUCAGAGAGGUUGCAAGCAAAACCAAUGAUUCAGCUGGUGAUGGUACAACAACCGCAUCAGUUCUUGCACGUGAAAUCAUCAAACUCGGCCUCUUGAGUGUAACUUCUGGUGCUAAUCCUGUCUCAGUAAAGAAAGGAAUCGACAAAACUGUAGCUGGUCUGGUUGAGGAGCUGGAAAAGAGAGCCCGACCUGUUAAAGGUCGUGAUGACAUCAAAGCCAUUGCCUCAAUUUCUGCUGGAAAUGAUGACGUCAUCGGUGCCAUGAUUGCUGAUGCCAUCGACAAGGUUGGAUCAGAUGGUGUGUUGUCUAUUGAAUCAUCAUCCUCCUUUGAGACAACUGUUGAUGUUGAAGAAGGAAUGGAGAUUGACAGAGGAUACAUCUCUCCACAAUUCGUUACAAACUCUGAAAAACUAAUAGUUGAAUUCGAGAACGCCAGAGUGUUAGUCACAGACCAAAAGAUAUCUUCCAUAAAAGACAUAAUCCCAUUGUUGGAGAAAACAACUCAAUUAAGAGCUCCUUUGUUAAUUAUCGCUGAAGAUGUUACUGGUGAAGCUCUAGCCACUCUAGUCGUGAACAAGUUGAGAGGCAUUCUUAAUGUCGCUGCCAUUAAAGCACCUGGUUUUGGUGAAAGAAGAAAAGCCCUCCUUCAAGACAUCGCCAUCAUGACAGGAGCUGAAUACCAAGCGACUGACUUGGGUUUGCUCAUUGAAAACACACAAGUUGAGCAACUUGGUAUGGCGAGAAAGAUCACAAUCAGCAAAGACUCAACUACAAUCAUAGCUGAUGCUGCAUCAAAAGAUGAGAUUCAAUCAAGAAUUUCCCAGAUUAAAAAAGAGUUAUCUGAAACAGAUUCAGUAUAUGAUUCCGAAAAACUUUCAGAGAGAAUCGCGAAAUUAUCCGGUGGGGUCGCUGUCAUAAAAGUGGGUGCUGCAACCGAAACCGAAUUAGAAGACCGAAAACUUCGAAUUGAGGAUGCGAAAAACGCGACAUUUGCAGCUAUAGAAGAAGGAAUAGUCCCUGGAGGUGGAGCUGCAUUUGUUCAUCUGUCAACAUUAGUUCCUGCCAUUAAAGAAAAGCUUGAUGAUGCUGAUGAACGUUUGGGUGCUGAUAUUAUUCAAAAGGCGUUGGUGGCACCUGCGUCAUUGAUUGCACAGAACGCUGGAAUUGAAGGUGAGGUGGUGGUUGAGAAGGUGAAGGAAGGGGAAUGGGAGAUGGGGUAUAAUGCGAUGAGUGAUAAGUAUGAGAAUUUGGUGGAGGCUGGAGUUAUUGAUCCAGCGAAGGUGACACGAUGUGCGCUUCAGAAUUCUGCUUCGGUUGCUGGAAUGGUGUUGACUACACAGGCGAUUGUGGUUGAGAAGGCUAAGCCUAAGGCGGCUGUGGGUGGUGUGCCUCAGGGACUGGCUGUGUAAUUUUAUUAAGAGUUGUUUUUUUUUAGAAAAAGGUAGAAUAAAGGAAAGGCUGUGGUGGUCUGGUCUCAUGUGGUGUAGUGUAGGAGGCUUCGUUAAAUUAUGUGGUGGUUUUGACUGAGUUUCAGGCAUUUCUGUGACUGUGAAUCCAAUUUUUAUCAAUAUAAUUUAAAAUUUAAUAAUAUUAAAA